AUGGAUGUGGAUGACGUACAUGAGGGGACAGGGGAAACUAGAACUCCUAGUGUUCCUCUAGUUUUCAAUCCUGCAGACUAUGGACCAGUUGAGGUGCCUGAUGCUGUCCAGGCAGUGGCAACAUAUGCUAUUGUCAAUGAGAAUUUCAAAUCUUAUGUUGGUAUUCAGAAACUUGGUCCUUUUCAUCGGAAUUUUACAGCCAUCAUUGGUCCUAAUGGAAGUGGCAAGUCUAAUGUGAUUGACUCCAUGUUGUUUGUGUUUGGUUACCGUGCCAACAAGAUCCGCUCCAAGAAAAUUAGUGUGUUGAUUCACAACAGUGAAAAACACCAGAACCUGGACAGUUGCUCUGUUGCUGUCCACUUCCAGAAGAUCAUUGAUACAGGGGUGGGAGAUGAAGACUACACCGUGGUCCCUGACUCCCAUUUUGUAGUGUCCAGGUCGGCCUUCAGAGACAACACCUCGUGCUAUUACCUGGACGGGAAGAAAGUCACCUACAAAGAGGUGGCUCAAGUACUUAGAAGUAGUGGAAUCGACUUGGACCACAACCGAUUUCUGAUUUUGCAGGGCGAAGUAGAGCAGAUAGCUAUGAUGAAGCCCAAAGCUCUGACAGAGCACGAGGAAGGCAUGCUUGAGUUUCUGGAGGAUAUCAUUGGUUCAAACAGGUUUAAGCAGCCCAUUGAGACUUUGAGCAAACGUGUGGAUACACUGAAUGAAUUACGUUCAGAGAAGCUCAACAGAGUCAAAGCUGUGGAGAAGGAAAUGGAAAGUUUGGAGGGUCCCAAGAACGAGGCAGUUGAAUAUCUGAACAUGGAGAAUGCUGUUAUGAAGCUGAAGAACAAACUUUUUCAGAAGUAUAUCUUGGAGUGUACAGAAAUUGACAGCAAGGCCCAAGUGGAGUACAACAAAAUAAAAGAAGCGCUUCAGUCAUUCAAUGAUAAACUUAGGAGUAUCCAAGACAGCAAAGUCCAGAAGACUGGGGAAUACAAUAAAGUGAAAAAGGAGUACGAGAAAUUGCUGAAAGCUUGUGAAGACAGCAAGGAGAAAUUUUCAGAGAUGGAGAGUCAAGAUGCCAAGUGCCAGGAGGACAUCAAACUCAAUAAGGCCAAGCAGAAGAAGCUGGAGAAACUUCUAGAAUCAGAAACUAGUAAAAUAGAGGAGCUGAAGCUUGUCCCAGAGCAGGCAGAGAAGGCAUGUGUUGAUCUGAAGAAGAAGCUGGAAAACUUGGAAAAGGCAAAAGCAAAGGAGGAGGAGAAUGAGAAAAUUGUCAUGGACAGCCUGAAAGAUGAAACAAAGGAGUUGCAAGCUGAAAAAGACGUGAAGGAAGCCAAGUUGCUAGAACAGCAGGGAGAUUUAAAUGACAAAAAAUCUAAGCUGCAAGUGGCCGAAUCUGAGCUGGAGAUCUACACCAGCAGACAGCAGGCGGAGACCAAGAAACUAGAAGACAUGAAGAAAUCCCUCCAGGAUUCUGAGACUGCUCUUGAGAAACGAUUACAGGACAUCAAACGUUUGGAGGAGGAAGUGCCAAAAGUGGAGACAAAUGUGACUAAAAUGAAAAAGGAGCUGGAGCAGGUUGUUCAUUCAGAAGCUGAGAUUGAGGAGAAGCGUAACAAUUUGCGUAACAAAGUAGAGGAGAUCAAGAGUUCAAUGGCAGCGACUAAAAGUCAAAAUCGAGUUCUGGAUUCUCUGAUGGCAGAAAAAAAGAGAGGAGCACUUCCUGGCAUCUAUGGACGAUUGGGUGACCUUGGAGCUAUUGAUAACCAGUAUGAUGUGGCCAUCUCUACAGCCUGUGGAAGUCUGGACCACAUUGUUGUGGACACAAUUGACACAGGCAAGAAGUGUAUAGAGUUCCUGAAAAAGAACAAUAUUGGGCAGGGCAACUUUAUUCUGUUGGAAAAGAUGGAAGUGUGGAGAGAAGAAACAAAGAGGAGGCUUACAACUCCUGAGAAUGUACCACGGCUCUUUGAUCUGGUCCGUGUCAAAGACGAGACUGUUGCCACCUGCUUCUAUUUUGCCCUCCGCAAUACUCUUGUUGCUAAGGACAUUGACCAGGCAGCAAGAAUAGCAUAUGGAAAAACCAGAUACCGAGUUGUCACCCUGAAGGGAGAGAUGAUAGAAAUGUCAGGUGCUAUGAGUGGCGGUGGCAACACUGUCUGCAGAGGGAAAAUGGGUUCCUCAAUUGUUUCUGAUGUUGACCCCAGAGAGUUCAGCAAUAUGGAGAACACGCUGGAAAUGUACAAGAAAGAAGCUGAGACGCUGCGGUUAAAAAAGUUCAAGUUGGAGGACACAAUUACACAGCAGGAGAAAGAUGUCAAUUUCAUGAAGCAUGACCUCAAGAAGUUCAGCAUUGAACUGAAGGGGUUAAAAGAGCGGAUUUCUGCACUCAAAAGUCAGCAAAAGGAACAGGAGGAUGUGCUGAAAUCUGUCACACCAGACAAGGCUAAACUCAACAGCUUGCAGGCUCAAGUCGAUCAGUGCCGUAAAGAGUAUGACCAGAUUGCUGGAACAGCCAAGAAACUGGAGGAAGAAGUAAAAGGCCUGCACAACCAGAUCAUUGAAAUUGGAGGAGCCAAACUGUGUGCUGUCCAGUCAAGGCUGAAGGUCAUCAACAAUGACAUAGAUAAAGUCACUGGGCAGAUAACCAAGAACAGUGUUAAUGUCAAAACUGCGGAGAGAAAUUUAAAGAGAGCAGAGGAGAAGGUUGAGUCUGUGAAUGAGGAAAUCGAAGACACAAAAAAGCUUAUUGAAACCUUAUCUGAGAAACUGAAGAGCAUGGAAGGGGAGGCAACUAACCUGCUGAAUGUAUUUGAAAAAUCUCAAGGAGACGUGAGACAGAAAGAGACUGUACUAGAAGAGAUGAAAAAGAAUAUAGAAGCCAUAGAAGAACAAGAGUCAGACAUGGCCAAGGAUGGUGUGAACAUCCAGUACGAGGUGGAAAAGUAUGAUGGUAUUAUAAAGGAGAAUCGCAGCAAGCUAAAGCAUUGGAGAAAAGAGCUGUCCCUGUUAAAAUUGACCCCUAUAACGCGAGAUGAGGAGCAGUCUGAACUAACUUUGCCAACUCUAGAAACAGAAGAGUUACAGUCUCUGAACAAGCAAGAGGUUCAAAUAGAAAUCACAAUACAGGAAGAAAAACUGGCACAGAUGAAACCUAACAUGGCAGCAAUUUCCGAAUACCGGAAAAAGGAAGAAACAUACCUGCAGCGUGUCGGAGAGCUGGAUCAGAUCACCAACUUCAGAGACGAGCAGCGGAGAUCUCAUGACAGUCUGCGUAAACAACGACUUGAAGAAUUCAUGUCAGGCUUUCAGGUGAUCACCAACAAACUGAAGGAGAUGUACCAGAUGAUCACACUGGGUGGCGAUGCCGAGCUGGAACUAGUGGAUUCCCUGGAUCCUUUCUCAGAAGGAAUUGUGUUCAGUGUGCGACCACCCAAAAAGUCCUGGAAGAACAUAUCCAACUUAUCUGGAGGGGAGAAAACUCUGUCCUCCCUGGCUCUGGUAUUUGCCCUGCACCACUACAAGCCGACACCUUUUUAUGUCAUGGAUGAGAUUGAUGCUGCCCUUGAUUUCAAGAAUGUCUCCAUUGUUGCCAACUAUAUAAAGGAGCGCACAAAAAAUGCCCAGUUCAUUAUCAUCUCACUGAGAAACAACAUGUUCGAACUGGCUGACAGACUGGUGGGCAUAUACAAGACAUACGACAGCACCAAGUCUGUGACCUUGAACCCGUGGAAGUUGUCUGCAGAUUUUGUGGCCAAGAUUCGAGAAGUGCACAAUGUGGACAUCACCGAUGUCUGUUGA